AACGGAGCCCAUUUGUUGGGGACUUCGAGUAGAUGCUAGGCGGCCCACGUGUCAGCUCCGCGAAACCAAGAACGAACACACAGCCUAAUCGGCACUAUGAAUCUGGCGGUAGGAGCUCCCAGGUCACUGAUCGCUCCGUUUUCGCGACUCAACCCACUUAACCGAUCCCCCAUCUCUCCAGCAACGUCGAUUCGGUCGUCUUCACCAACCAUGGAGCAGCACCAGCCUCCGAAUCGAGUCGUCGUGUGCGGCGGCGGAGUUAUAGGGGUGUGCACGGCUUACUUUCUGGCCAAGAAGGGCGCCGCCGUCACUCUCGUCGAGAAGUCCGACGUCGCCUGCGCUGCUUCUGGAAAAGCCGGUGGAUUUCUCGCCCUCGAUUGGUGCGACGGAGGACCCCUGGCUUCUCUCGCUCGGGCCAGUUUUCAUCUCCAUUGUUCCCUCUCUCAAGAGCUGAAUGGUCCCCAAUCCUACGGCUACAGACCUCUCACAGCUCUCAGCGUUUCUUUCACCGAAUCAGAUAAUCCUACCUACGGCUCCAGAUCCUCCCGCGGCUCCAUCCUACCACCAUGGGUCGAUGGACCGGGUGGUUGGUCCAGAACAAUUGGGACCCCAGAAACUACGGCUCAAGUUCAUCCGCAGCUCUUUACUCGCACACUAAUCAGCAAGGCCGUGGAAAAUCAUGGGGUAGACGUGGUGAUCGGGAAAUUGGAGCGCGUGAAGUUAGAUGGAGGUAUAACUGGAGGGGUGGUGCUUGAAGGUGGACGGGUUAUUGAGGGGGACGCUGUUGUGCUGGCUCUCGGUCCUUGGUCUGCUAAUUUGGAAAUGUUGUCAUCGCUGUUUAGAGUGUAUGGGCUUAAGGCACAUAGCAUUGUUUUAAAGCCUAAAGAAGCUAGUGCUUUAACCCCCCACGCUCUGUUCCUCAGAUACCAUCCCUCUCAUGGAGGAAAGCCCAUCGACCCUGAAGUUUACCCUCGCCCCACAGGGGAGGUGUAUCUGUGUGGGAUGUCGUCGGAGGAAGAGGUGCCGGAUGAUGCAGAGGAGGUGAGGGGCAACUCGGAAGCGAUUGGAAUGCUGAAGAGAGUGGCUUGGACAGUGUCAAGCCAUUUGGGAGGAGAGGCAGAGGUGAAGGCAGAGCAAGCUUGCUUCUUGCCUUGCACUGAUGAUGGCGUGCCCGUCAUCGGAGAAAUGCCAGGUAUGAAGGGUUGUUAUGUUGCCACGGGGCAUAGUUGCUGGGGCAUUCUAAAUGGACCGGCCACCGGAGCUGCCAUGGCUGAACUUCUAAUUGACGGCCAUUCUUCCAUUGUUGAUCUUCAAAGCUUUGCUCCCGCCAGAUUUGUGGGUCGUCGAUAGGUUCGCGCUUUGUAAAUCACAGUAGCACAGAGGAUUAAUCUAAGGUGUUUGGAUAAUUAUUUGGUAAACCAUGAUUUGCCCCUGCAUAAUCGAUUAUUCAGGCAAACCAA